AUGGGCAAGGAGAAGAUCCAUAUCAACAUCGUCGUCAUCGGACAUGUCGACUCCGGAAAGUCCACCACCACCGGACACUUGAUCUACAAGUGCGGAGGAAUCGACAAGCGUACCAUCGAGAAGUUCGAGAAGGAAGCCCAGGAGAUGGGCAAGGGAUCCUUCAAGUACGCCUGGGUUUUGGACAAGCUGAAGGCCGAGCGUGAGCGUGGUAUCACCAUCGAUAUCGCCCUCUGGAAGUUCGAGACUGCCAAGUACUACGUCACCAUCAUCGAUGCCCCUGGCCAUCGUGAUUUCAUCAAGAACAUGAUCACUGGUACUUCCCAGGCCGAUUGUGCUGUCCUCGUCGUCGCUUGCGGCACUGGAGAGUUCGAGGCCGGAAUUUCCAAGAACGGACAAACCCGCGAGCACGCUCUGCUCGCCCAGACCCUUGGUGUCAAGCAGCUCAUCGUUGCCUGCAACAAGAUGGACUCGACCGAACCUCCCUUCUCCGAGUCUCGUUUCACCGAGAUCAAGACUGAGGUGUGCAACUUCAUCAAGAAGAUCGGUUACAACCCCGACACCGUUCCCUUCGUCCCGAUCUCUGGAUUCAACGGCGACAACAUGCUCGAGGCCUCCGCCAACAUGCCCUGGUUCAAGGGAUGGGAAGUCACCCGCAAGGAGGGCAACGCCAGCGGCAAGACCCUGCUCGAUGCCCUGGACUCCAUCAUCCCCCCAGCCCGCCCUACAGACAAGGCUCUCCGCCUUCCCCUCCAGGACGUGUACAAGAUCGGAGGUAUCGGAACUGUCCCCGUCGGCCGUGUCGAGACUGGUAUCAUCAAGCCCGGCAUGGUUGUCACCUUCGCUCCCCAGAACGUCACCACUGAGGUGAAAUCCGUCGAAAUGCACCACGAGUCUCUCCCAGAGGCCGUACCCGGUGACAACGUCGGAUUCAACGUCAAGAACGUUUCCGUCAAGGACAUCCGUCGUGGAUCUGUCUGCUCCGACUCCAAGAACGACCCCGCCAAGGAGGCCCGCACCUUCAACGCUCAGGUCAUCAUCAUGAACCACCCUGGACAGAUCUCCGCCGGGUAUUGCCCCGUGCUGGAUUGCCACACCGCCCACAUCGCCUGCAAGUUCGCCGAGCUGAAGGAGAAGGUCGACCGACGUACCGGAAAGAAGGUUGAGGACAACCCGAAGGCCCUCAAGAACGGAGACGCCGGAAUUGUCGAGCUCCACCCCACCAAGCCUCUUUGCGUGGAGGCUUUCACCGACUACCCUCCCCUUGGCCGUUUCGCAGUCCGUGACAUGAGGCAAACGGUCGCUGUCGGAGUUAUCAAGAGCGUCGACAAGUCUGAUGGAGCGGGAGGCAAGGUCACCAAGGCUGCGCAGAAGGCUGGUGGCGCCGCUGGCAAGAAGAAA